AUGUCGCAGAUGGUCACACUAGAACAAGCAACAUGGGCCUGGAUCGAAGCAGGUCCGCGCAAGCACCACAUGCCUGUUGGCAAGCGUUUUGCCAAAGGUAUCAUGGCUGGUUUCUUGCUAUCAACAGGAGGAAUGCUAGUUCAGAUCCUCUCCGCCAACCCAUGGUUCUCCACCAACGCCCCCGGUCUCCUCAAGAUCUUCCAAGGUGCCGUCUUCCCCGUCGGUCUCGUAAUGAUCGUCCUUCUCCAAGCAGACCUCGUAACCGGCGAAAUGGCCAUCUUCAUCAUGUCCACCGUAAAACGUCGUGUCCCCUACUGGGCCUUCCUCUACGGCUGGACCAUCACUUUCAUCGGCAACCUUAUCGGCUCACUCCUCUACGCUGGUCUCUUAGUCCACUUUUCCGAAAUCUACACACCCGCAAUGCAGCGCGGCGCAGCGAUGGGCGCAGAUGCAAAAGUCUCCACGAUCAACUUCCGCGAACUUUGGCUAAGAGCAAUAGGCUGUAACGUGUUGGUCUGCAUCGCGGUGUUCCAGGCUUCGCUGGCGAAAGAUGUGGUAUCGAAGGUGGUAGCGAGUUGGUUUCCGAUCUUCGUGUUUGUGGCGGCUGGAUUUGAACAUGUGGUGGCGAACAUGUUUUUAGUCAAUGCGGCGUUGAUGACCAGGGAAACGAACUUUGGGGUGGGGGAGUAUGUGUGGAAGAGCGUGAUUGCGAGUUUCUUGGGUAACGUGAUUGGGGCUGCACUGCUGGCGUUGCCGCUGGUGUAUCUGCAUGGCGGUGAUGAGUGGGAUCCGAGCGAAGGGGCGAGGGUGGGGAUGGUGAAGGGCGGAGCGGUUAGUCCGGGAGGGAUGUGGGUGAAUGAAGUAACGUUGCCAGGGAGUGGGACAGUAAGUGCAAGAGGGAAUGACAAGUGGGGGAAGGAUAUUGAGGCUCAGACUCCGGCCUAG